UCAAGAAAAAAAAAGUAUGUUACUGUACCUUUAAGAAGGUGAACUCCAAGGUGUGGUUUUAUUCCUGAUUUCCGGUCCAGCAUGCUCGUGUAAACAGAGCAGUUCGGUCCAGAUCUGUUGUAGAGACGCAGACAGGUGGUCCAACAUGUCCAGCGGGUCACUUCUGCUGGUUCUGUCUGGGCUCUGUUCGCCGGGCUUUACAGCGGCUUCACAGGUGUCCUCUGCGUCCGUGCGUGUCUCGUAGGCACGAGCUCCCUGUCACAGGUGAACCGGUCCGACAGGUUUGAACCGAAAACCUUUUGUUCGUUUAUUUCUGAGGAGGGCGAUGUUGGAAAGUUAACAUGAACUUAGCCGCAACUGUAGCGUUUCUACAGCUUUGUUUACUUGCCACAGCCUCAGUUUCGGACGACAGCCCCACCGAAACUGUCGUGUCAGCCGAACCGGGAGACGUCGUGCUGCUGUCGUGUCUCACCGGCGGCAGCGCGGCACCUUGGUCGACGACGUGGACGAAAAAUGGACAGAAGGUCGGCGACAGUUCGACGAACCCUGACGGACGUCUCGCGGUGCUGCAAGACGGGAGUCUGCAGUUCGAUGGCGUGAAGGCAGGGGACGAGGGCAGCUACCUGUGCAGCACCUCUCUACCUGACAGCAGCAUCUUUAAGGCACGUGCGCUGCUUCAGUUAACCAGUGAACCAAGUAUGAUCAUUAUUCCCACCGUUGUUCUUCCCAACGGGACACUCGUCACAAAUCAGGGAACCAGUGUCGGCGUCCGCUGCACCACCUUCUCCACCUCUCCCCAGCAGCUGAGCUUGACAUUCAGCAACAACACGUUGACGUCCACCUCACAGUCCUCGCUGGACUUCAGCGUGGAGAACAUUCAGCGCAGCUCUCAGGGAGUUUACACCUGCAGCGCCAGAAACGCCAACUCCAGCUGGACGGUCAGCAGGAGCACAGAGCUGCUGGUGUACUAUGUUCCGGACACACACCCUGACUGUAUGUGGGUCCCAUCGCAGAACCUCUCCGACAUCCAGCUGAACUGCUCCUGGUUCGGAGGGUAUCCCGCCCCGAAGCUGCGCUGGGAGGAGGCCGACGACUUCCAGGAGACAGAGAACCUCUCUGUGACGCUGAGCGUCUCCCCGAAGUCUGACGGGCAGACGCUGAAGUGCACCGCCACGCACCAACUGCUCAGAGCAGGACUGGAGAGGUCCUGUUCUCUCACCUUCAAGUCUCCGUACCCUGUGGGCAACCCAAUGGUCACAGCUGUUGAAGGAACCAAAGUAACUCUGACCUGCACCGAGACCACAGCCUUCCCCCCCGCCAACACCACCUGGAAAAAAGGGGUCCAGACAGAAAAAACCAGCAUCGAACCCGGACCGAAGUACGUCCUGUCCGACCAAGGUCCCGACUACAAACUGACCAUCCUCAACGUCAGCAGGGACGACGAAGGCUGCUACUACUGCCACAGCCAGAACCAGCUCGGCUACAAGUACCUGGAAAUCUGCCUGACUGUGAAAACAUCCUCCUCCGUGUACACCGGAGGGAUCAUUGGCGUCCUGAUUGCUUCUCUAAUCGUUGGCUUUGCUGUAAUCAUAGCAAAAGUCCUUUAUUCCAAGAGACACCAAAUUUGUUUAGGAAACGACACUGGGGACGAGGACAGGGAAGAUGUCCUCAGUCUGGUGGAGUCGGAGGACGAGCGGAUAUUUCAGGACGCCGUCCCCCAGCUGCCUCCGGUAGCCAACGGUCGCCACACGACGCUGGUGGAAGUGCACCGGAUCCCCUCCUGCGAUCAAGACGAG